AUGGAUGAUAUAUCUUCAUCAACAUCAACACCGAAACGUAGGGCAAGUGAACCACAGCCUACAGAAGCUUUAGCACUUAUCAGCAAUCGUCUACACAAUUAUCAGAGAGUACCGCCACCGUUACCUUAUUUACCAAGCGAUUAUGUGCCUUCACCUGACAGUCCGCGACAAUACAUUAUACCAGAAACAACAGCUCCCAAUGUGCAUAACAACGCUCUCUUUUUCCGUAAUGCCAAUUCCGACAAUAAUCAGGGAUCGAAUAAAUUAGUUCCCUACCGUGAGUGGACAGUUAUAGCUCGAAACAAUCAAAAAGGCCAACUUGUUUUAUAUAACGAAGACAGCCAAUCCAUCACUCUAAGGAACUAUGUUCCUGAUCAAUUUUCAAAUAUGCCAUCUAUUCCAUUGGAAGUAACAGAGGAAGAGUUUUGCCCUUAUUGUCACCAACGCUUGCAUCAUACACCCGGAACCACACCAUUGGAGACCGAUGGGCCAGACUAUAUGGACCGAAACUACUUUCGCUUACUAGCCUCUAGUUCGACUCAAAUUAGUACCGAUGAAGGGAUAAUGGACAAUCAUCAGCAACAACAGCAACAACAACAGCAAGAGUUACCCUCACUAUUUGAUAACCAGAACCUCAAUGCGAAUGCCUUCAAUCAAGGAUACUAUGCCAAGUUUUUUGAUGAGAUCAAUAAGUUAGGCAAAGGUUUCCGAGGCAGUGUCUUUUUGUGUGAGCACCGAUUGGAUGGUGUGAAACUAGGAAAGUACGCUGUGAAAAAGGUUGCCAUAGGCAACAACCAUCCUUGGUUAGUUAGAAUGUUGCGUGAGGUUCAUUUAUUGGAAAGACUACGCCACCCCAAUAUUGUUAGCUAUAAGCAUUCAUGGUUAGAGUACGCUCGUUUGACACAGUUCGGUCCCGAAGUACCAUGUUUGUUUAUUUUGAUGGAGUGUGCUAAUGGUGGAAAUCUGGAGGAAUAUUUCGAAAGAGAUACAGCUGAAACGAAGGAUAACAGCAAAACUACACAAAAGAAAAAAAUGUCAGCUAAAGAGCUGAAACGUGAACGGAUUAGGAGGCAAUAUAGAGAACAGGAAACGUUUGAACAAGAACAAACAAAUAUCUCAGAGCCUAUCACACAUGUGGAGAGACGUUUGUUGACAUUACAAGAAAUCUGGUCUCUGUUUUUGGAUAUUGUUCAAGGAUUGGCUCAUUUACAUCAGCAAAAUAUUGUGCACAGGGAUUUAAAACCGCCAAAUCUGCUGUUACAUCCAAGAGUGUUAAUCUCGGAUUUUGGUGAAUGUGAGGAUUUGGAUGAGACACGAGUUGAUAACAACAGGACAGGCGCUACGGGAACAUUAGAAUUUAUGGCCCCAGAACACGUGCGGUUAGAUCCGCGUGGCAGAAAUACAGUAGAUUAUUCACCAAAAGCAGAUAUGUGGUCGCUGGGUAUGGUCCUCUAUUUCUUAUGUUAUUCAAGGCUACCGUACAAUGUGAUUGAUGAUGUAGACAUAUUAAGAGAGGAAAUAUUGGCUUUCAAUGAAAUCCAUUUCCCAGCAUCAAGAUAUGACAUUUACAAAGAUAACCCUACACUCUACGCUGAGGCACUCAACGACCCCAAAAUUACAACAGAUGUACCAAAAGAAAUUAAACAGCUUAUUCGAAUGCUUUUGUCGUUAGACCCGAUCAAACGUCCUUCUUGCAACGAGAUCUUAUCGAAAAUACAGAGCUUUCGUGGAAAUGAAAAAUCACCUAAUAUAAUGCCCGAUGAUGAUAGCAUGAAUGAAGACAUUAUGAUGGAAGAGCGUGAAGCAAAUCAAGACAUGAACGUUACUAGCUGUUUGAAUAGGGAGGACAAAGGCAAUAGUAGUGCUAUAAAAUUAGCUGAUGGCAGUGAUAAUGAUCCAUCAACUUCCUUCACACGACUCUUACUAGACUCACCCCCACCUCCGCCUACAACUGAUGCCGUAUUCAGAGUAAAGUGGUUAUCAGACCGACAAACCAAACAACUGAUAAAAACGAUUACAGCGGUCUUAAAGAUCGCUUCUUGUACGUAUCCUUGUUCACCAUAUUCAGCCAACCCACUGAUAUUAUAUCCUACGAUAUUUUUUGCUACACUUGAUUUCUGGUGCGAAUCUAGUUCACCUAGUUUUAUCUUAUUAUUGCUACAUGUUAUGUCAAAUAAACAAGGGUCAGCUGUUGCCGAUUUCGUUUCUGGAAACUUAGGUGGUAUGUCACAGGUCUUGGUCGGUCAGCCUUUAGAUACAAUUAAAGUCAGACUUCAACUGGAUCAAGGCAAAUUCAAAGGUAUUGGUGCUGUCAAUGCACUGCUAUUUGCAGCCAAUUCAAAAUUCAAAGGCAUGCUUCAAUCACAUCCUGCUGAAGUGCUAUCUUUAGAUAAAAUUGCUUUGGCAGGCGCUGGCGCAGGCAUUGUGAAUAGUGUUUUGGCUGCUCCUGUAGAAUUAUUAAAGAUCAAAAUGCAAGCACAAUUUGGAUCAGCAGCAGCAGCAGCAACAACAACCGAAGGAUCAAAGUUGCCAUCACAGCGUUACUUCACGGGGCCUAUCGACUGUGCAAAAUACUUAAUCAAGAAAGAUGGUAUUUCACAUGGUUUAUUUAGAGGUCUCUGGGCGACGAUGAUUCGUGAAAUUCCUGCUUAUGCUGGCUUUUACUCAGGGUUCGAGUUCACUAAGCGAACAUUAACUAAAGGAAACGAAGCCAAUGUAUUGCAAUUAAUGAUUUCAGGAGCCGUGGGAGGAAUUGCUUAUUGGACAUGUUGUUAUCCUUUGGAUGUGGUCAAGUCAGUAGUUCAAAACCAACCAAAUCCGCCCAAAGGAUUGUACAUAUCACAAGUGAUGAAGCAUAUUUAUGCCGUUGAUGGUAUGAGGGGACUUUUCCGCGGUUAUGCUCCUACUGUAUUGAGAUCUGUACCUGCAGCAGGCGCUACGUUUACUGUAUAUGAGCUUUCUAUGCGCAUGUUUCAGUCCAAUGACUGGUAA